UCUUUACGUAUGAUUUGAACUCAGAGUGUUGAAUAUAUAAAAGGAUAAAUACUUUUAUUUUUUUACUGGUUUCCGGUAUGACCGUUUCCACACCACUGCGCUGAAAAAUAUUCAUUUUAGAGUUUUGGCAAUUCGAUAAACUCAAAAUUCCGAUUGAUCGAAGUGAGCAUCUCUCCGGCGCAAUCAAGCUGCUUGUGUCUGUUUGAACUAUGGAUUACUCUAUGGAGCAACUUUUAUCUCCUCUCGUGUUCAAUGGUUCUAUUGUAGAAGCCAUCACUGAAGCCAAGCAGCAGAAGAAGCUUUUUGUAGUUUUUGUUUCAGGUGGUAAUAUGGAAUCAAACCAAUCGGAAACAUCAACUUGGCUCGACCCAAGAGUUGCUGAUUCUAUAUCAAAGUACUGCAUUUUGUUGCACAUCCUAGAAGGAAGUACUGAUGCCAGAAACUUCUCAGAUUUGAUAAAUUUCCGGCCCAUUAAAUCUGCAGGCUUUGGAAGAGGAUGGGCCGGGAGUCUUGAGCCUGAUGGUUGUGGCUGUAUACAUCAAAGUUUUAAAAAAAUUAUAUACCCUUACAUGAGCUACAUAGAUCCACAGAAGGCUGUCCCUUGUAUUACAGUUAUUGGAUACAAUGGUGUUCAACUAUGGCAACAUGGGGGUUUUGUUUCUGCUGAUAAUCUUGCAUCUAGUCUUGAGAAGGCGUGGUUAAGUCUUCAUGUUCAGGAUACAACAGCUACUUUCUUGACUGCUGCACUUGCUUCAAAGAAAGAGCUUGUAUCUGGAGCUUCUUCUGUAACAUCUGAAGUAGGGAGUUCUUCAAGUGCUCAAGUUUCACCAGCUCAGGCGAUGACACAUAUACAAUCUCCAUUGGCUACACUGUCUAAAAACUCUCAGAUAGUAGAGGGAGAGGAUCGUGGACAUGCUGCUACGGAAAUAGAUUCCUCGCUAAUUGACAUGGCUUCUCAUGGAUCAGCAAAUGCCUUUGAAUCUAGAAUUGGUGACUUCAAUGAGUCUACCACUGUGAUCACAACAGCAGAAAAGCCACUUCAUCUUGUAGAAGUAGAUUCAACCAAGGGUAAAGAUGAAUGUUCAAUUUCAAAAGAGAAUCCUGGUUUGCGUGAUCAACAGUUGGACCCUAAUGAUGAAGCUCCUAGAGAGAUUGCAAAUAAAGCAGGGAAAGGUCACGAGAUAAAUAUAGUUGAAGAUGCAGCUGCUGAGAAGGCUGAUUUUUCAGAUGAUUCGUCAAAUACAUUUCACGAUGUUUAUUUAAACAUUAGAUUACCUGACGGUUCAAGUUUACAAGUGAAGUUUCUCGUUAUGGAUACUUUAAGGAUGGUCAAGCACUAUGUUGAUAAAAACCAAACGAGCAGCAUUGGUUAUUACGAUCUAGCAGUUCCUUAUCCUCGCAAGGUUUUUGGUGAUAAAGAUCUAGAUAGAACAUUGUCAGAUUUGGGUUUACACAAUAGGCAAGCACUGAUAAUCGUUCUUCGUAACGAAGUGGAUGUUACAUCAUUGCAUGGUCAAAACAAUCCGGCUGAGAGUAACCAUACAGCAAUUGGAGGCGAUGCAGGAUAUUUUGCUACGAUCAGAAAACUCUUUUCGUAUGUAAAUCCUUUAUCUUACCUUGGUGGAAGUUCUAACACAUCAAACACUGCUGAGGAUUCUCGAGAUAGCAUAUGGCAAUAUGGUCCAAACUCCACGCCUCAAAAUAAUCAGACCUUGGUAAGUAAGCAAUUCCAAACCCCCGUAACUUCCACAACUAAUAACAGAGGUAGAAAGCCAGCGUCAUCUAGCUUUGGGAGCAACAUCCACACUCUGAAACAUGAUGAAGAUGAAAAUCAGUUUGGUGAUAGAAACACAUUCUGGAAUGGUAAUUCUACUCAGUUUGGUGGAGAUGACAAUAGUAAAUAAGAUUCCAGUGCACUUUCUUGUAUAUUGAUGUGUCUAUAGUGUGCUACAGUUGGAUAUAUUCUUCCCGUUAAUCAUUGUAAUAAGUUUUGGAUUGAAGCCUGUUCCUUUUAUCUUUACAAUGAUUGGCUUAGCAUAAACUGGAGUCAAGUUUAGUAGCUCUAAACUUGGAGACGCAUUUUAUGGUUAGUGAAACUGUUGUAGAUGAUGUUUUGAGAACAAAUAAUCAUUAGCACUUGUACUUGAUCUUCUAAUAGAGUACUGAGACAAGUUUACCUUGA